GCAGUCCUGUACUUCACAACAUUCGCUCAAUGAUCCGAACAUUGACGAAUAGCACCGGUGUUCUAUCUGUGUCGCUCCUUUGAAAAGCCUGCAGCUCGCUUCACUCCGCCUCGAUUCGGGACAUCCGAAGCGACAUGGCUUGAUCGAAUCAUUUCAAGGGCUGGAAAAUUGUCCAGUGUCCAUGGUCAGCUGAUUCUUACUAUGGUCCCCCUUAUUGAAUCGAGCGGUGUGGCAUGAAGUCGGAUGGUCGAAUUCGAACGCAAAAGUUCCAAUCGAAGAGAUGGCUAUCGAGCACCUCAUCGAUCGCCACAAGAAGAAAGAAGACGAUGAAACGACCGAACUUCCGGAUAAGACCUGGAAGAUCAUCCUCAGUCUAGAGGAAGAAUGCAACCUCCUGCGGCAGGUUGCGAACAUUUCGACCCCUCCUGAAGAUGAAGCCGUCCUCCUGGAUCCGAAGCUUAAUGCUUUAUUCUCGAUCCAAAAACGAUUCAGCAAGCUCGACCCCGAGGACCAGGAACCUCGGAGCAGACACGCCAUCAAGAAAGCCGAAGAAGUUAAGGAUUUCAUUGGAGCGUACCAGGCGUAUCACGACGAUGAUGCAGCACAACUAUUCGCCAUUCUCAACAAAGCCCACGUCAAGGGUCUCCUCGAGGCCCACGACAGCAUCGCGCGGCGAGAUUUCGAGCCUCCGCUACCCCCAAAUGAGAUCGACUUCGAUGAAGAAGUUGUGAAGGUUGUGCAAAUUGUUAAGGGUCCAGAGCCGCUCGGCAUCACCGUCAAAUACGACCCUUUGAACGGUGCGCUUCGAGUGCAUAGAGUUCUCCAAGGAGGAGCUGCGGAUCGCAGUGGUUUGAUCCAGCCCGACGAUGAAAUCAUUGAAAUCAACGGUAUCGACGUUGAAGGCAGGACUCCUGCGCAAAUCGAUGAAGUCUUCGAGCUGGUGAAGAGCAGUCCCAACUGUGUUGUGAAACUUUUACCCGGUGGCGGUCUGCCACCUGUUCGCGCAAGCCACGUGAAUCCGCUGCACCUUAGAUGUCUUUUCGACUACGAUCCUUUCCGGGACGCUCAAAACGAUUGUCCAGACGCCGGCUUGGCGUUCCGUAAGGGGGAUAUCCUCCACGUGAUCGCCCAGGACGACAUGUAUUGGUGGCAAGCUCGGAUAGGCGAUGAGGAUACGGUACGAGUGGGUUUGAUUCCUACGCCGCUUCGCCAAGAGAGGAGAUUCGCGUGUCAGAGGGAGCUCACAGUUCAGGAACGCAGCGGCAUCCUGAAGUCGCCAAUCCUGAGUCGAGUUCGGAAAGUGAAGAAAACCAUGUACAGACUAGACGAGAGCGACUCCUUCGAUCACGACCACAUUGCGACAUACGAGGAAGUUUCGCUGCUCAUGUCUUCGCAGCUGACUUUCAUGAGACCUCUCAUAUUGAUCGGUCCACCCGGAGUAGGCCGGAAUGAACUGAAGAGACGCAUGAUAGCUACGAAUCCCAACUUGUUCAGAACGACGGUACCUCACACGACCCGACCGCAGCGCAUAUACGAGGUGAACGGGAGGGACUAUCAUUUUAUUUCAAGGCAGAGAAUGGAAUGGGAAAUCCGUAAGGGUCGAUUCAUCGAGCACGGCGAGUUUGAAGGAAACAUCUACGGAACAUCGAUCGAGAGCGUGAAGGCACUCAUGUCCAGCGGUUAUACAGCGGUUUUGACCCCUCAUCCCCAUGCGUUGAAGAUGCUACGUACAUCUGACGUGAAGCCUCACGUGGUUUUCAUCAAACCGCCGCCCUUCGAAAUUUUCAAGGAGACGCGACAGAAAAACCAUGCGCGUUCGGCCUUCGAUCCAGACAAGAACCGAAAUUUCACGGACGACGAGCUGAGGGACAUCAUUUUCUUGUCUCAUAAAUUGGAGUACUUAUACGGACAGUAUUUCGACGACGUGAUCGUCAACGAGGACUUGGACAACUCAUUCUUGACUUUGCUUUCUAUCUGGCAUUCGGUACAAACACAACCAAAGUGGGUCCCGAUCAGUUGGAGCCAACUUAUGUGACCAAAGAGAUUCAUACUGUGAUCAGAGUUGACACACCGCCCGAACCUCUCAGUGGGUUCUACUUGCGUCCAGUCGAGUACCUUCAUAGUAGCCAAGUAGCGCGUUUCGACAACUUUCAGGGGCCAGUUGAGAUUUUUGAGAAUUGAGGAAGUCGCACUGUCGUCAGUGUGGAUUGC